CGGUUCCCGGGAGCCAUGCGCCUGUCCCAGGCUGUGCGCCUCGCGCCGCUGGGAUUGCUGCUGCCGCUGCUGCUGCUGCUGCCCCGGACGCGGUCCCACCGCAGCCUCGGGCCACUGCAGUGCUACGGUGCCGGACCCUUGGGGAACCUGAACUGCUCCUGGGAGCCUCUAGGGCUCCCAGGGACACCUGUGCUGCACCACCAGAGUCAAAAAUAUCAUUCGAACAGAACUCAGGAGGUGAAGGUGCCUGCCAGGCAGAGCUGGGUGACCAUUCCUCGGGAGCAGUUCACGAUGUCCGACAAAAUCCUCAUCUGGGGGACCCAGGAGGGCCAACUUCUGUGGCCCCCUAUCCUUGUGAACCUGGAAACCCAAAUGAAACCGGACACCCCCCAGCUCUUCCCUGAUGUGGACUUCUCUGUGGAUGAGCUCCUGGAGGCCACUGUACGAUGGGUGCCCCCAAAGUGGCCAUCUCAUAAGGUUCUUAUCUGCCAGUUCCAAUACAAAAGAUGCCAGGAGGAAGAGUGGACCGAGCUGGAGCCACAGCUCAAGACCAACCAGCUGGUCCCUGUUGAAAUACAGGACUUGGAACCUUGCACUGGUUACCAGGUAUCAGGCCGCUGCCUAGUGGAGGAUGGAUAUCCCUGGGGAGAGUGGAGCCCAGGCCUGUCCUUUCAGACUCCAUCCUCAGCUCCUGAAAAUGUGUGGGUAUCCAGGAACUUCUGUGAGACAUCUGGCACACAGACAGCCCUGCUCCUCUGGGAGCAGGCCCUGGGGCCCUGUGUGCAGGUAACUUACAGAGUUUGGUAUGGGGUUGGAAAUUCUACUGUGACUCAGGAAGUGGUCUCUUGUUGCAAGUCUUCUAUCCCUGCAUGGGCAGAGUGGGCUGCAGUGUCCGUAGUCAACACCACCAGCUGGGCACAUCUCACCAACCUGUCUUUGAUCUGCUUGGCUCCGGAAUCUGCCCCCCAUGGUGUGGUGGUCAGCAGCAUUGAUCAGGGCCCAAAGCUGCUGGUGACCUGGCAACAGGAGAUCCAGGAACCACAGAAGUACGUGGUGGACUGGGCUCCAGAUGGGGACAGCCCAGAGAACAUCAGCUGGAUCCAUCUCCCCGCUGGAAACCACAGCACUCUAUUACCAGGGGAUUUUGAAGGAGGGGUCCCCUAUCGCAUCACCGUGACAGCAGUCUUUCCUGGGGGCAUGGCUCCUGCUCCUUCAGUCUGGGGAUUCAUAGAGGAGUUAGUACCCCUUGCUGGACCAACACUUUGGCGUCUCCAAGAUGACCCCCCAGGGACACCUGCAGUAGCAUGGGGAGAGGUCCCAAGAGUUCAGCUCCGAGGCCGAGCUUUGCACUAUACCUUGUGUGCCCAGAGUGGAGUCAGCCCUGCGGUCUGCAUGAAUGUGAGCAGUAACACCCAGACUGCCUCUCUGCCUGACCUCCACCCAGGAUCCUUCAAGCUUUGGGUGACAGUGUCCACUGUUGCAGGACAGGGCCCACCUGGUCCUAACCUCUGGCUUCACCUACCAGAUAAUAGGAUCAGGUGGAAGAUUCUGCCCUGGCUCCUGUCCCUGUGGGGUGUGCUCCUGAUGCUCUGUAGCCUGAGGCUGGCCACCACCAGAAGGUGCCUCCACCUGCGAAACAAGAUGUUUCCCCGCUGGGUCUGGGAGAAGGUUCCUGACCCUGCCAACAGCAAUUCUGGCCAGCCUCACAUAAAGGAGGUGAUCCUGUCCCAGCCACCCCGGGACUGGCCCAUCCUGGAAGUGGAGGAAAUGGAGUCACUGCCUGCCACAGAGCUCCCUAAGGCUUCUGCCCCUUUCCACUCUGGGUAUGAAAAACAUUUCCUGCCCACACCAGAGGAGCUUGGCCUUCUGAGCCACCCAACCCCCAGGUUCCAGCCUGAGCCUUGUGCUUCAGGCUGGAAGCUGCAACCCAAUCUUGGAUUAGACUUUUGAACAGACAAAGAUGCUGAAGCUCAGAGAGGCUGAGUCACUUUCGGAAGGACGGAGAGCCAGGAGGCGUGGAGACUGAAGACCCAACUGAGAAGGCAGGGUCCUCCCACAGAAUCCCAGAAUGGCUGAGGGAACAAAGGACAAUAUGAAAUCGAGAGUUGUGGCUGCUUUUUGAAAUCUUUCUGUUGGACCAAAAUCACAUAUGGUCUGAGCUUGGUGGUGCACUUCUGUAAUCCAGUCACUUGUGAAGUGGAAAAGGUCAUCAAGGUCAUCCUCAGGUACACAGUCA